CCUUCCUUAUUCCUCACGCCGGAUAACUGAAGCUGGCCACCGGGAAAAAUGGAGGUUCCGGCAAUUAAUCGUUGUGUGAACUUCCAAGGCAUGGAAAUAGCGUCUUCGUGCCGUAGCGUUUUUCGGGAACUUUAACCGUAUCUGGAAGCCGCAAGCAAAAGCGACUUUACUUAGCAGAGUUUCCAAGUUAUUCCAUGCUUUGUCUCGCGAAUCAGAGGCAGAUUUCUAUAUAAUAAUAGUAGAUAAAAGGUUUCUGAUUUGGCUUUAGGCUCUCGAGUUCGGCAAAAUGCAUUGAUUUUUGGCGUAAUUCUGGGUUUCUGUGUUGCUGAUCUAAUCGGAGAGGCGAUUUUGUGCUGUUAUCAGCGACACUGUUUGUCUUUGUAUUCAUAGCUUUAGGGGACUCUUACUUGUGUUUUAUACUGGACUAAUUUCAUUUCUUUGCUCUCAAAUUUUGAAACUGAGGCGAAGAAGGAAUAAGGAUAGUCCGUAGAAAUCUAGAGAUUACGUUUUGUUGUGUGUUUCUUUGACUGAAUUCUGUAACUAGAGAAAAUGGAGGACUGAAAUUUGAUAAUUUUGAGGUAUUGCGGGAGUUGACCAUGCCUUUUCCGUUGAAGAUUCAACCAAUCGACUGUCAGACGAUUGAAGAGCCGAAUCCGUUGGAGUCGGUAAAACCGGUGGCGAAAUCGCGGCUCAAGAGGCUCUUCGAGCGGCCGUUCCAUGGCGUUCUUAAAAAUUCCGCGGCGGAGAAGGUCGGCGUCGUUGAGGAGCCACAUUUCAGUAAAGAUGCCUCGGUUGAGUUUGAGCCGAGCUCCGUCUGUCUGGCAAAGAUGGUGCAAAACUUCAUCGAGGAAAACAACGAGAAACAACAAACCGGCGCGGCCAGGUGUAGCCGCAACCGCUGCAACUGCUUCAAUCGGAACUGCAGCGACAGCUCGGAAGACGAAUUGGACUUGUUUGGUGGUUUUGGCGACUCCAAUCUUCCUUCUUCCGGCGAAGCUGUUGAGAUUCUCAAGAGUCUGGUCCCUUGCCCGACUGUGAAUGAAAUGAAUUUGCUAGCGGACAUGGCGAGGAUCGUUGAUAAGAACAAGAUCUGUAAGCGUAAAGACGAUUUUUGCAGGAAGAUUGUUACUGAUGAACUAUCGUCUCUCGGAUACGACGCUUCAAUCUGCAAAUCUCGCUGGGAAAAAUCCCCCUCAUGUCCCGCCGGAGAAUAUGAAUACAUUGAUGUGAUAAUUGAGGGUGAGCGUUUGUUGGUUGAUAUCGAUUUCCGAUCAGAAUUUGAAAUUGCCCGUUCAACCAAGACCUACAAAUCUGUCCUGCAAACGCUUCCCUACAUCUUUGUGGGCAAAUCCGAUCGUCUCCAGAGGAUAAUCACAAUCAUCUGUGAGGCAGCCACGCAGAGUCUGAAGAAGAAGGGAAUGCACAUUCCUCCCUGGAGAAAAGCUGAGUAUGUCAAAGCAAAGUGGCUCACUCCUCACAUCCGAUCCACAUCCUCACCCCCAACCCCAUCUCCAUCCACCCAUACUCUAACCUCACAUCAAGAGCCCAAACCUGAAGAAAAGGACCAGUCUUUCUCUGAAUCUGAUCUUGUUAAAGACUCAGUAGAUGGUGCUGAGGUGGAGGAGUCUCUGUUUGUUUUGUCUGAGAGCUCUGAAGAAGAAGAAAAGGAGGAGAAAGUGAUGAAGGAAUGGAAACCACCUGAGAUUAAGCCCAAGUGUAAAAGUUCAUCCACUGGUAUUAGGAUUGUGACUGGUUUGGCCUCAGUUAUAGAAGAUGACUAGAUGAGCCAAGAAAUUUUGAGUUUUGAUAUAUAUAUAUAUAUAUAUAUAUGUAUUUGUUGUUGUUUUUAGCCUGCCUUUUUUUUUUGUGGGUUACUAGAGGAGCAAAUAUGGCAUGUAUAUGGCACAAACUUUUGAAUCCCCUUCUCUUUUUGAAUUUGGGGUGGUUUUGUUAAUUUUGAUCUUAUAUGCAACUGAGAUCUUCCAAAAAAGUGGCUUGGAAAUGAGUCAAAGGUAAAUUCCUCACCUUGUGUUUAGCCUUUACUCCUUUAUUUUUUUUCAUUUUUAAUUUGUAUAUUGUGUCAGUUCCUGAUUUUAUGGUAUAUUUUUUUCCUAUAAAAGGAGGUAGAAGGAACUGAAUUUGAUGAAGAUAUCAGACUCGUGUAGUCUCGAGCCGCGUGAGGACUACUCGAAGGAUUUUAUCAGCAUUCUUAGAGAAGAAAACCUUUCACUCCAUUCAUUUCCUUAUUUAUUCCUCUCCAUGUGCUCUCCCUGGUUUAGCGGUAGCCGGACAGCCAGAAUACCGAUUUUUUUAUCCGGUUCACAUUUAAUAAUGAUAGGUUGGAAAA